GGGUGUGGGGAAGAUGGCGGCUGCAGAGCUGAGCGGGAGCGGUGGUUGAGUUUAUUAUAUUUUUGCAAAAUUGAAGACAGAUUCCUGAUUAAUAAUGCCUGCCAAAAUCGCUUUGCAACUGUCAGUCGAUUAACCUUCAUGUGCAGCCUUGUUUGCUAUUGAUUUCUCAGUCAUGGGACGAAAGGGAGUUUGCUGUUGCUGUGCUGCGCUAAGACCUCGCUACAAGCGUCUAGUGGAUAACAUAUUUCCUGAAGAUCCAAAAGAUGGUCUUGUUAAGGCCGACAUGGAGAAGUUGACUUUCUAUGCAGUUUCUGCACCAGAAAAGCUGGAUCGAAUCGGGGCUUACCUGGCAGAGAGACUGAGCAGGGAUGUCGUCAGACACCGCUAUGGUUAUGUUUUAAUUGCCAUGGAGGCAUUGGACCAACUUCUGAUGGCUUGUCAUUCUCAAAGCAUAAAACCAUUUGUGGAAAGUUUCCUUCAUAUGGUGGCCAAGCUUCUGGAAUCAGGCGAACCAAAGCUGCAAGUCCUUGGAACUAAUUCUUUUGUCAAAUUUGCCAACAUUGAGGAAGACACACCUUCCUAUCACAGACGCUACGACUUCUUUGUGUCUCGGUUCAGUGCCAUGUGUCAUUCGUGUUACCCCGAUCCAGAAAUACAAACUGAGAUCCGAAUUGCUGGAAUCAGGGGCAUUCAGGGAGUGGUUCGAAAAACAGUUAACGAUGAACUUCGAGCAACUAUAUGGGAACCUCAGCACAUGGACAAGAUCGUACCAUCAUUGCUGUUCAACAUGCAGAAAAUAGAAGAUAUCGACAGCAGAACAGGCCCUCCAUCCUCUCCGACAGGAGGAGAGAAAGAGGAGAAUCCUGCUCUGCUGGCCGAGAAUUGUUUCAGAGAACUACUAGGACGAGCAACCUAUGGAAAUAUGAAUAAUGCUGUCAGACCAGUUUUUGCGCAUUUAGAUCAUCACAGACUAUGGGAUCCUAAUGAAUUUGCUGUUUCCUGCUUUAAAAUCAUCAUGUAUUCUAUACAGGCACAAUAUUCCCAUCAUGUCAUACAAGAAAUCCUUGGACACCUUGACGUCCGCAAAAGGGACUCGCCACGAGUCCGUGCUGGCAUUAUUCAGGUUCUUUUGGAAGCAGUUGCAAUAGCAGCUAAAGGAUCAAUAGGCCCAACAGUUCUGGAGGUGUUUAAUACCUUGUUGAAGCACUUGCGCAUCAGCGUUGACUUCGAGCUGGGUGACAGGCGCAGCUCAGCGGGAAGUGCCGCUUUCAGCACGAGCUCCAAGGAGAGCGAUGAGAGGAUUGUCCAGAAUGCAAUUAUUCAAACAAUUGGAUUUUUUGGAAGCAAUCUCCCAGAUUACCAGAGAUCAGAGAUUAUGAUGUUCAUUAUGGGCAAAGUACCUGUUUUGGGGACUUCACAAUCACUGGAUACCAGCCACCUUGGAGAUUUGGGAACUAGAAGGAUUCAGAUCAUGUUACUGAGAUCUUUACUUAUGGUGACUUCAGGAUACAAAGCCACAACGAUCAGUAAUGCACUUCCUGCCCCAUUCCUGGACCCGUUACUGUCUCCUUCACUCAUGGAGGACUCUGAGCUAAGGCAGCUGGUCCUGGAAAUCCUGCAUAACCUCAUUGAUCGGCACGACAACAGAGCGAAGCUCAGAGGGAUACGAAUAAUACCAGAUGUUUCCGAUCUAAAGAUAAAACGAGACAAGAUUUCAAGGCAGGAUGUGAGCUUCAUGAAAAAGCAUGGUCAGCAGUUGUACAGACACAUCUACUUAGGCUGCAAAGAAGAAGACAAUGUCCAAAAAAACUUUGAACUCCUGUUUACAUCUCUAGCUCUAACCACAAUUGAACUGGCCAAUGAAGAAGUGGUUAUUGACCUCAUUCGAUUAGCUAUUGCCUUGCAGGACAUUGCCAUCAUCAACGAGGAUAAUCUGCCAAUGUUUAAUCGUUGUGGUGUCAUGGCGUUGGUUGCAGCCUAUCUAAACUUUCUGAGUCAGAUGAUUGCAGUUCCUGCCUUUUGUCAGCAUGUCAGCAAGGUCAUUGAAACCAGAAGUGUGGAAGCAUCUUAUUUUCUCCCAGAAACAAUUUUCAAAGACAAAUGCAAUCUCCCAAAAUCCUUAGAGAAGCAUGAAAAAGACUUAUUUUUCCUGACGAACCAGAUUGCAGAAUCAUUAGGAGGCAGUGGAUACAGUGUGGAAAGAUUGUCAGUUCCGUAUGUACCCCAGGUAACAGAUGAGGACAGACUCUCCAGGAGAAAAAGCAUUGUGGACACAGUGUCUCUUCAGGUGGAUAUUCUGCCUGGCAACAACACAGAGGAUAAGAUUGAUAAUACUGAAGAAAUCACCUUUGAAGCUUUGAAGAAAGCCAUUGAUAACAAUGGACUUGAAGAACAGGAAAAGGAAAAAAGGCGUCUUGUGAUUGAAAAGUUCCAAAAAGCGCCAUUUGAAGAAAUCGCAGCCCAGUGUGAAACCAAAGCAAACUUACUUCAUGACAGACUUGCACAGAUACUGGAACUCACCAUUCGUUUAACAGUGCAAUCACAGCUGUUAGUGGAUGACGAAACAGCCCCUUAUCUACAGCAUUCCGUUGCGAUUUUUACUGCUGCAGCGUGUCAGCCUGAUCAGACCACAGUCUACACAUAAAUAGGACUCUAGCCUUUAGUUUUCAUUUUUUUUUUUUUUUAAGGUAAGACUAAUAGCUUUUUGGCCUAUAUAAAAAGUGUAAUUUUUUAAACAGUAAAUCUAACCUAGGGAUACAAUGUAAAACAUUUCUCCACGCUGUAAUUUUUUAAGAAUAUCACUCGGCACUUUUGUACAAAAAGAAAAUAAGGAGUCUAAGUAAUAAAGAAUGUACUUCUGUUUGCACUUGUGCAGUAUGAAGACUAUGCUGUAAAUACAGGAUUGUUUCUGUGAUUGAAUUCUGUUGCAUGAAUGCUGCAUGUGAAAAUAACUAGAUUCAGCAUUUCAUUUUCUGUUCUUUUUAUGAAGUAUUUUUCAUUUAUGCUAAUGGCAGGUUUCCAUGUUUCCAGUGUUCAAAUGAGCUUUGUUUGAUAAAUGCAGGUUUUGUGCAGGGAACAAAGAGCUUAUAACACUCUGCGUGUUCACGUGAUAUUUAAUUUCUUCCUUUCUGGAAAUUCAGGGAGUCUGUAAGUUGGUAAUUGGUUCACUUUGACCUUUCUAGACGUAUGGGAGACAGGAGAGACUGUAAAAUGUAUUGUUUUGGUAGCUAUUGUUAUAGGUAGCUAAUGAAUGAAACCAAAAGAAUUGAGAAUGCUGUUUGUUGUACAGUAUGAAGCUGCUAUGUUUCACUUCUCUCUUUAUGUUCUUCAGACAAGUUGCAGAGCUUUAAAAGCUCCUUAUGCAAACUGGUCCUGUUUUAUCUGCAACAUUUUGUGCACUGUCAUAAUGGUUAUGAAUUGGUACCCAGCUGUUUAAGUGUAUUCCAGUGCUUUGGGUUCUCUUUCCCAUUAUGUCAUUUUGAAAAAAAAUAUAGCUUUUGUAGUGGGUCACUUUAAGGUAAAUUAAAUCUGUGGUAAUUUCAAAAGAUAGAAAUAGCCUGUUGUCCAAAAUCACAGUAGGGCUAAUUUGUCUGUUGUUCUGAUGGUCAUAUAUUCUGUACUGUAUGUAAUGAACCAGUUUCAAUAAAUGUAAGAACACACUGUGCAAUCUAUAUUUAAGCAAUAAAAUAAACCAAAAUUUCAAAUUA